AGAUCAAAGUGGUUGCGAUGGUUGUGUGGAGGAUCGUUGAUCUGGCAAAACUUCAUUCUUACCGCGGCCCAUUGCGCAGCUGACGAUAACAACGUUCCACCAGAUGUAGCUCGUAUGGGAGAUAUCAAUACCUACAGCGAUGAAGACGAUCAGUUUGCGCAACAAUUGAAGAUAGUGGACAUCAUUCGCCACCCAAUGCAUCGAUUUAGCUCGACGUAUUACGAUAUUGCGCUCAUGAAGCUGGAGCGAAAUGUCACCGUUCUUGACACGGUAGCACCGACCUGUCUUUGGCUGGACGAUGAGAUACGCUUCCCCGAGCUGUUGGCUGCUGGAUGGGGCAGAACAGGAUUCGCUGAGGAUCAAACAAAUGUUCUGUUGAAAGUGCAGCUCGCUCCAAUCACCAAUGACGAAUGCUCGAGUUACUAUGGUAAAGGUGAUCAUAUGUUGCGAAACGGGCUUAUGGAUCAUCAACUAUGUGCAGGCGAUGAAGAGAUGGACACCUGCCAAGAAGACUCCGGAGGGCCACUGCAUGCAAAACUUUUCAAUGAAUGGAAGUUAAUUCCAUUCCUAGUAGGAGUGACUUCGUUUGGGAAAGCCUGUGGCGUGUCAACGCCGGGUGUGUAUGUGAGGGUCUCGAAGUUUGGUGAUUGGAUUAUUGAAACACUUCAACGUCACGGCGAAAUGACCACACGUUUCAAGUUUGAGCCGUUGGUUUGUGCUAAUCGGUAUUACAGUUUGUGCGAAUAUAAAGAGGACGUGAAGAUUGUUUGGAAUGGUCAAGAAUCCAUGGAUUUUAGCAACAAAUACUUCAGCCGUUUUGCCAGUAACUACAUCGUAAACUUUACACGGCCGUUCUUGGAACAAUCGCACUACAGGAAUUGCUGUGGAAAGCUGAUCGAACGUAGCGUAGUGUUAACGUUAGCUGAAUGUGUUGCUAACAAAUGAUCAAGACCAACGCAGGUGG